AUGCCACACUCUCUGACUGCUAGUCUGACAAAAGUUUCGAUCCUUGGCGCCGCGGGCGGCAUCGGUCAGUCGCUGUCGCUUCUGUUGAAAACACAGCUGAACAUGUACCUGGGGGACCUGCAGAACACACACAUCCACCUGGCGCUUUACGACGUCAACCAAAACGUGCUUGAGGGCUUCGCCGCGGAUCUGUCUCACGUGGACACGCCAAUCAGCGUGUCGUACCACUCGAGCAGCACGCCCAAUGGCAUAAGGGACUGCCUGGUCAACACGGACUUGAUCCUGAUACCCGCGGGCGUGCCCAGAAAGCCGGGCAUGACCCGGGAGGAUCUGUUGAGUAUCAACGCAGGCAUCAUCUCGCAGCUGACGGAGUCCAUCGAGGCGCACGCGGAUCUCAGCAGGGUGUUCGUUUUGAUCAUUUCCAACCCGGUCAACUCGUUGGUCCCGGUCAUGGUGGAAAAACUGAACCGAAGCGCGGCCAGUGAAGGGUUGCAGAUCGAGAGAAGAGUCUUUGGGAUAACCACGCUGGAUACUGUCCGUGCUUCGACGUUCUUGAGGGAAGUGAUGGUCAAACACGACCCCACCACGAUAUCGGAUCCGCUGCCUCAAGUUCCUGUGAUCGGCGGUCACUCGGGGGAAACGAUAAUGCCAUUAUUUUCGUUAGCGCAGCCUUUCUGGCAACUCUCGGCCGACGAGAGAAAGUAUUUGGUCCACCGUGUUCAAUUCGGGGGGGACGAGAUUGUCAAGGCCAAGAAAGGUCUUGGCUCUGCGACGUUAUCGAUGGCCCAUGCUGCAUUCAAGGAGACCGUCAAAUUUUUGACGCUGAUUAUUGGCAAGUCAAGAACCAUCCAGGGUACGUUCUACAUAUCGUUGUUGAACCGGGAAAAAGCCCCUGUCAACGAGUCAGCUCGGAAGCUUCUACCGCUGAUUGCGAACCAACCCUAUUUUUCCGUACCAGUAACUAUCGAACCAGCCAAUGGCUACACGGAUAUCUAUUACAAGAUCGUUGAGGUCAUGGAUAAGUAUGAGAGAAACACUAUGCUGCCGCAAUGUCUGUCCAAGAUUGGCAGUAGCAUUGAAGCCGGUGUGUCAAUCGGAUCCGCUGACAAAUCUUGA